UAAAACGACUUAUUAUAAUAGUACAUCGUAUUAAACUGGGAGUUAAGAAGUUUUGGGGGAUUGUGUGAGUGCUUGCUUAUGGAGCUGUGACGCCGGCAGACUGUCUCGGUGAGCUGGCGAGAGGAGAGGAAAAGGGAAAACUUUUGGGGAUUUUUUUUAACUUCGUGUCCGAAACUGCGUGGAAAGUUUUAAAAAAAACGUGGCCAUUAUAAAGUGUUGGUUUUUAUAUCGCAGUUAUAUGGGAAUGUGAUAUCGUUUGGAUGAUUUUGUUUGCGCUUUGGGACAUUUCUGCUGUUUUGCGAAAUAAUGUUUUUUUCGUCUUCGCAGAGACUGACGUUGAAGAAGUAGGCCAGGCCAGUGUGUGUAUCCAUGAAUGUACGUCACUAUGAUGAUGACCGACCAGCUUAUGGACUUAGCUCCGCCUCCGCGGCUGAACGGGGAGCUGCCGCUGAUGCAACACAUGGUUAAUGGAGACGCAGCGCAACAGGUGAUCCUGGUACAGGUGAAUCCAGGGGAGACCUUCACCAUCAGAGCGGAGGACGGCUCGCUGCAAUGCAUCCAGGGUCCUGCUGAGGUCCCAAUGAUGUCUCCCAAUGGAUCAAUCCCCCCCAUCCACGUCCCCCCAGGAUACAUCUCCCAGGUGUUAGAAGACAACACAGGAGUGCGUCGGGUGGUCGUCACCCCCCAGUCUCCUGAAUGUUAUCCCCCCUCGUACUCCCCCGCUCUCUCCCCCACGCACCACCUCCCGCCGUACCUCACCCACCCCCACUUUAUCCCCAACUCUCACUCCUUCUACCCCCCUGUGAGUCCUGGAGACCUGCCCCCCCACCAGUACUACCAACACCACCUCCCGCCCAUAUAUGGAGAAGAGAUAAUCCCAGUGUAUGGCAUGUCCAGCUACAUUGGCAGAGAGGAGAGCUAUAACAAGCCCCAGCCUAAGAAGAUGAAGGAGCAGAGACAGCUGGAGCGACAGAACAGACUCAACUCUCCUCCCUCCUCCCUGUACAAGUCUCUGGGCUCCAGCCACAAUGGAUACAGCGGGAAGAGCCACGUCCCUUCACUAGGGUCAUUGGGGUCAAUGGGCGGAGCUAACAGUCCAGGAGGGAAGAAGCCGGAACGACGACAACUACGGAGCAGCCCAAGGAGCAACGAGCCAGACACACACACACAAUCACCGCAAGAUCACGACUCGGAGGCAAAGAGAGUUCAGGAAGUGCUCUCCGCCAUAGACAAACCACAGGUGUCCAACGUGCACGCGCGGGGUGCUAGGUUGUCCUGGGCUCCCCCGGUCGGGCUGGUGAACCGGUUCAGCAACAGCCAGUCUCUCACCUACGAGGUCUCUCUGUCCGACAAGGGACGGGACGGCAAAUACAGACUUAUAUACAGUGGAGAGGAGUUGGAGUGUCAUCUAAAAGACCUGAGGCCAGCUUCAGACUACCACGUACGAGUCAGCGCGGUGUGUAACUCUAACUUGAGGGGUGUGUGUUCGGAGACGGGGUCGUUCACAACACACACCUGCCCCCCUGACCUGCCCUUCCCCCCCAAACUGUCUCACCGCACCAAGAGCACCCUCACACUACAGUGGAAGCCUCCGAUCGACAACGGAUCCAAAAUCACAAACUACCUUCUUGAGUGGGACGAGGGAAAGAAGAACAGUGUAUUUAGGGAAUGUUACUUUGGAAGCCAGAGACACUGUAAGCUGACCAGACUGUGUCCUGCUGUGGGCUACACCUUCAGAGUGGCUGCUCACAACGACAUAGGCACCAGUGGUUUCAGUACGGAGGUUGUGUUCUACACUACAGGUACGCUGCCCUCCUGCCCCCUGGCACCGCGGCUGCUGCGGGCGGGCGUCUCCUGGGUCACGCUGGAGUGGGGCCGUCCCGAGGGCAGCUCCAACGAGGAACUAAUCACAUACAUACUUGAGAUCCAGGAGGACAAUACCGGAACAGACUUUCAUCCGAAGUACACUGGAGACAACCUAACCUCCACAGUGCAAGGCCUGAAGAGGAGCACGCAGUACAAAUUCAGGCUGAUAGCGUCUAACGUGGAGGGUGGCAGUAAACCCAGUGAAGUGUUGGUGUGUACUACCUGUCCUGACAAACCUGGACCCCCUUCUCCCCCCCGAGUCACAACCACUACAUCGUAUGGUUUCACCAUCACCUGGGAUCCUCCCCAGGACAAUGGAGGUUCAGAAGUUCUGACGUAUCUGCUGGAGAUCUCAGAAGGCAGCUCUGACGCGGGCCAGUGGGAGGUGGCGUACAGCGGCCCCGCUACAGAGUGUGUGUGUGAAGAACUGACGCCCGGCACAGUUUACCGCCUGCGAGUGUGUAGCAUCAGCACCGGUGGACACAGCCAGUGUUCCUUCAGCGUUCCGGUUCGGACUUUGAGCGUCGUCCCCGGACCCUGCCAACCGCCCAGGAUCGUGGGUAAAGCCAAACACAAGGAAGUACAGUUAGAAUGGGAUGCCCUGAUGUCAGAAGGUGUGUGUGAGGAGUGUGUGUUCAGUCUGGAGAUGACGACAUCAGAGGACAACGCUGAGUCCAGUGAGAUAUAUAAUGGGACAGAGCUGCAGUGCAGUGUGGGUAGCCUGCUGCCGGGGGCAACUUACAACUUCAGACUGAGGGCUGCCAACGAGGCUGGGUUCGGAGAGUACUCUGAGGCAGUGGAGGUGACGACAGCAGCGGGUCCUCCAGGCCAGUGUGUGGCGCCACUCAUCACUCUGAACAACACCACCUGUCUAACAGUCAGCUGGGAGAGUCCUGAAGGAUCAGGCUCUGACAUCUCAGAGUAUCGCCUGGACUGGUCCAGGGAGGAGGAGCCUAUGGAGCUGAUCUACUGUGGACCAGAGACCCAGUGUGAAGUAUCAGACCUGACCCCCGCAACACACUACUGCUGUAGACUGCAGGCGGUGAACCAAGCGGGGGCGGGGCCUUACAGUGAACAGGUGACCUUCCAGACUCCAGCGACUAAUCCCGACGCAGUCUCUUCUUUCUUCCUGCUUGACCAGCUCCAAUCAGAUCAGUCCCCCUCCACCUGCCUCUUCCUGAAGUGGGAGGAGCCUAACUUUAAUGGGGCAGAUAUAACGUCUUACAUCAUCAGUCUGGACGAUCAACUCAUUACCGUGGAAACAGGAACCAGUCACCUGAUCACUGACCUUCAGCCAGACAGCCAGUACAGUGUGCGGAUCCAAGCGGUGAAUGUGAUUGGCUGUGGCCCGUUGAGCCCACCUCUGGUGGUUAGGACGCGCCCCCUCCCUCCGGCCCCUCCUCCUUUGGAAUGUUCGGCUGCCGGCCCCCAGAGCCUGAAACUGAAGUGGGGGGAGAACGCUGCACACACACACACCCGCGCCCUGCUCUCCAAUGACAUGUUCUACACACUACAGAUGGAAGAUAAGAACCACAGGUUUGUGUGUAUCUACAGAGGUCCCAGUCAUACUUACAAGGUGCAGCGCCUGACCGAGUCCACCAGUUACCGGUUCAGGAUCCAGGCAUGUAGUGACGCAAGGGAGGGACCGUUCUCAGACACACAUACCUUCUCUACCACCAAGACUGUACCCUCCGCACUCAAAGCUCCCAGAGUGCACCAACUGGAAGGGAAUGUGUGUGAGGUCACCUGGGAGACCAUUCCACCAAUGAGAGGCGACCGUGUCAACUACAUCCUGCAGGUGCUGGUUGGACGAGAGUCAGAGUACAAACAGGUGUUUAAGGGAGAAGAGAGUGCCUUCCAAAUCACCGGGCUCCAAGGCAACACCGACUACCGUUUCCGUGUGUGCGCCUGCCGCCGUUGCCAGGAUACCAACCAGGAACUCUGUGGCCCUCAAAGCCCCUCCUCCCCGUUCACCCUGCGUCGUCAGGAGCAACAGUGCCUGGGGGAGACCAGCGCCGUGGAGACGGUGAAAGGGGCGGGGAUAAUAUCCAGCGAUGAGCGCUUUGCGGCGGUCGUGGUGUGUGUGUUCGCCGGUGUCUCCAUCCUCAUGGCCUGUCUGCUACAAUACUUCUUCAUGAAGUGAGGGAAUGAAUCGGCAACAGGAUAGAAAAGAGAAAACAAAGCGAUAGCGAAAGAAAACGAGCAUCUACUAAAGAAAGGAAAGAAAACAAACACUUGAGAAUCAAGUGCAGGAUAGAAAGAGAAAAAAA